AUGAUGGACGAAGAGAUCAUUGAGGACCAAGCUAAGCUGAAACAGGGCUUGAUCAAAGUGCUGCAAUGUGUGGCCACAAUAUCGUCAGCGGCAUCUGUGGUUAACCCGAUUUUCGGCGUGGCGGGCUCCUUGAUCCGAGUAGUUCUGCACCACGUCGACGACGAGGACAUCCGUACCCUCAAGCGCGAGUUUGGCUCGGUCAACAAGGGUUUGGACAUGCUCUCGCAGCAGAAUCGCAACACACUCGUACAGAUCAAGAAGGAAACCAUCGACAGGCAGUACUGCAACGUGGAAGAAAACCUUAAGAACCAGUACAGAAAGUUCAUGGCGAUGGUGGAGGCCCAACCGGCGCACCGGGAACGCAAGAAGGAAGAUUUCGAAGAGAGCUACGCCAACGAUAACGGUGAUCAGAACCUGCACACGCUCUACGACGGCGUGGUCGGGAAACCCAAGCUCUUCAGCAGGCCAGUUCUGGAGGUGUACCUGAGGCACUCCCAGGGCGAUCGGCAGGUCAUGGAGCAACUCUGCACACGCCUCACCUACCUAUUUUGCAUCGGGCUGAUCGCGCUCAUGGGCUACGCGGCUGUCAUCGGGGAUGACGAAGAGAGUCUGUGUGAGGAGUGGACGGAGAAGAUGCAGCACGUGCAGGAUAAAAUGCAGGAGGCACUGAGCAGGUGCUCAUGAAGAAGCCGUCCUCUCUGCCACUACUUAGCACUAUAGCUCAUAGUUAGUGCUCCAUUUUCUUCAUUCAU